CAAACCGGAAACGGUUGUCAUAUUUUGGGCAGCAUCACGCCCUUAUCUCAUAGCUGAGCUGGCUGUUUUUAGUGCACUUGCUCUUCCAACCUCUUGACGUCUUUGCCUUAGUGGUACCGGUGACUUAAAGCGAAUAUUUACAGAUAAGUAGUGGAGAGCCCACUCCUACUCACCAUUCAAUUGAAAGCUAACGUCAACAUUUAAAACUUUGCCUCUUCGACGCCAUGGAUCCCACCAGCCAAGAUAUCAACCUGAACUCCCCCAACAAGGGCCUUGUGGUGGAUCAGCCGGAGAGCAUGUCUGAACUGCCUGUAGAGGGGGCUGUGGGGAACUCUGCCAACCCUCUGCCCCCUGGGCUGACGGAGGAGGAGGCGGUGGAUCUGCAGAUUGAGCUCAUCAAGGUGGAGGAGGAGAUCAGCACCCUGAGGCAGGUGCUCUCGGCCAAAGAGAAGCACGCUGCCGAGCUGAAGAGGAAGCUGGGCCUGAACCCGCUCAACGAGCUGAAGCAGAACAUCACCAAGGGCUGGCAGGACGUCCAGGCGUCCAAUGCAUAUCUGUCUGCCUCAGCCACUUUGGAUGACAUUGCCCAUUCGGAAGCGUAUAAGAAGACCCAGGAGACCCUAUCCCAAGCCAGCAUCAAGACCACCGCAGCUUUUUCCACCAUGGGCACAGCUCUCAGCCGAAAACUGGGAGACAUGAGAGCGCUCCCUUUCGCUAAUUCCUUCGGUAGCAACUAUUCCAUUCGCCACUCAAUAAGUAUGCCCGCUAUGAGGAACUCGACCACGUUCAAGUCAUUUGAAGACCGAGUGGAGAACCUCAAGUACAAGGUGGUCGGGCCCAAAGGAAACGGAGAAGCCGGCUCCCCCAACGACUCCAACCCCACUCAGGACAACGCACCCUUCUGAGCACCCCCACACUCGCCCCCCCCCCCCACCCCCCCACACAAACACACACACUUCUCUAGCUGCACCCCUAAACCCUCCUCGCUACCAGAGACUGUGCUGUCAUCACCUCGCAUCACUGGUCCCAAAAAACGACCUCUGACCUCUCAGCAGAUCACCUGAUCUGCCUUUCCACCAAUCAGCGGACCCGAGCUCUGUGAAUGACCAGGUUGGUUGGCGGGAAGGGACAGAGUAGGGAGGGAUGAUCUGAAGUCAUCACACCGUCGGAUCCUCUGCCUCCAUGAGUAAUGUGUAAUAUAUAUAUAUAUAUAUAU